AUGGCCGGACGACUUCGAAGAAUUCAAAAGGAGAUCGCAGACUGUCAGCGGGAUCAGGCUUCAUUAAUCGAGUUGAAGCUCGUUGAAGAUGGCAAUAUUAUGCACAUGAAAGGUCGCUUCCCAGGACCUCCGGGAACACCUUACGAAGGUGGCAUGUUUCAAGUCGACAUUGUCCUUUCAGACACCUACCCAUUUCAACCACCAAAGAUUAAGUUCGACACCAAGGUCUAUCAUCCCAAUAUCAGCUCGCAAACGGGAGCCAUCUGUUUGGAUAUUUUAAAGCAAGAAUGGUCACCUGUGCUCACCAUUUCUUCCACUCUACUCUCCGUACAGUCGUUGCUAUGCACACCAGAGCCAAAUGAUCCACAGGACGCACAAGUAGCAUCUCAAUACCUUAACAACCAUGCAGCAUUCCUUGAGACAGCACGAUUUUGGACAGAAUGUUAUGCAAAGCCAGAGGAAGGAGAUAUUCUGCAUAAGACUUCAUCGGUAUCAGCGUCUCAGCAGCGACAAGCAGGGUCUAAUUACAGCAAUCAUCAAUCACCUGUUGUUGCCGCUGCUCGACCUCCAGAACCAGUCCUAUCAAGCGAAGAGCUGGAGAAACGGCGCAAGGUUCAGAGUUUAGUCGAUAUGGGGUUUGAGGCCAAUCAUGUGCGCACGGUCUUGAUCCGGGCUAACUGGAACACAGAAACAGCACUGGAGGAUCUACUAAGCAACGCCUAA